GACAAUCGCGAGUCUCUUUUCACUUGCCUCAAAUUUCUAGGGUUCGCUCAAACAAACAAACAAACAAACCAAGAGAAAGCAAAUUUUGUAAUUUACAGAUUUGGGGAUUUCACAGAUCGGAACCCUAAACUAUGCCUCGAAGCAGGGACGAAGACGAUGAUGUUGACGAAGAUUACGAAGGAUUGGAUUUAGAGGAAGACGAGGAGGAAGAAGAAGAAGAGGAGAGAGGAAGAGGCGGCGGCGGCGGCGGUUCUAGACGGAAGAGAGGAAGAUCAAGUUUUAUUGAUGAUUAUGCGGAGGAGGAUUCUCAGGAAGAAGAUGACGAUGAUGAUGAAGAUUAUGGUAGCCGUGGAGGUAAAGGAGGUGCAGCAGCUAGUAAGAGAAAGAAGCCUUCUGCUUCUAUUUUCUUAGACCGAGAAGCUCACCAGGUUGAUGAUGAGGAUGAAGAGGAAGAAGAAGAUGGAGAAGACGACUUUAUAGUGGAUGCUGGAACAGACCUUCCGGAUGAGCGUGGUGAUAGACGGUAUGAACGGAGGUUCCUUUCUCGUGAUGAAAAUGAUGAGGAUGUGGAAGAUCUCGAGAGAAGAAUUCAAGAGCGGUUCUCUAGGCAUCAUGAAGAAUAUGAUGAAGAAGCUACAGAUGUAGAACAACAAGCGCUUUUGCCAUCAGUUCGUGAUCCAAAAUUGUGGAUGGUGAAAUGUGCGAUUGGCCGCGAAAGGGAGGUUGCUGUUUGUCUUAUGCAAAAGUUCAUAGAUCGAGGAGCAGAUUUGCAGAUCAGAUCUGUUGUUGCCCUUGACCAUCUUAAAAAUUAUAUAUAUGUUGAAGCAGACAAGGAAGCACAUGUGAAAGAGGCAAUCAAGGGCAUGAGGAAUAUAUAUGCUAAUCAGAAGAUCUUACUUGUCCCCAUAAGAGAAAUGACGGAUGUUCUUUCUGUUGAAAGCAAAGCAAUUGAUAUAUCUCGGGAUACCUGGGUUAGAAUGAAAAUUGGGACGUAUAAAGGUGAUCUUGCAAAGGAUCCUCUUGCUGUAAAUGAGAAAGAGCUCUGCAAGUACUUUGAACCUGGAAAUCAUGUGAAGGUGGUUUCUGGGACCCAUGAAGGAGCAACGGGCAUGGUUGUCAAAGUUGAUCAACAUGUCCUGAUCAUUUUAUCUGACACUACCAAAGAACACGUCCGUGUGUUUGCUGAUCAUGUUGUUGAGAGCUCAGAAGUGACAACUGGUGUUACCAAAAUUGGGGACUAUGAACUUCAUGAUCUUGUGCUUCUGGAUAACCUGAGUUUUGGAGUAAUUAUACGACUAGAGAAUGAAGCUUUUCAGGUUCUUAAAGGGGUUCCUGACAGACCUGAGGUUGCUCUUGUCAAACUCAGAGAAAUCAAAUGCAAAAUUGAGAAGAAAUUUAAUGUUCAAGAUCGCUACAAAAAUGUUAUUGCUGUGAAAGAUGAUGUCAGAGUCAUUGAGGGUCCUAGCAAAGGUAAACAAGGUCCUGUAAAGCAUAUUUACAAAGGAGUCCUAUUUAUAUAUGAUCGACAUCAUCUUGAGCAUGCCGGGUUUAUCUGCGCUAAAUGCACAUCAUGCAUUGUUGUUGGUGGAUCACGUUCUGGUGCUAAUAGAAAUGGUGGUGAUUCUUUUCCAAGGUAUGGCAAUUUCAAGGCGCCUGCUCCAGUACCCUCAUCUCCAGGAAGAUUCCAGCGCGGCAGAGGCGGAUAUAACUCUGGAGGGAGGCAUAGGGGUGGAAGAGGAGGGGGAGACAAUUCUUUGUUGGGUACUACUGUUAAAAUCCGUCUAGGACCUUUCAAGGGGUAUAGGGGACCUGUAGUAGAAGUGAAAGGAAAUUUAGUGCGUGUAGAACUUGAGAUGAAGAUUGUGACAGUUGAUCGGAAUGCAAUAUCAGAUAAUGUUGCGACAACACCGUUUAGAGAUACAUCUCGGUAUAGUAUGGGAAGCGAAACACCUAUGCAUCCUUCUCGGACUCCACUUCAUCCUUAUAUGACUCCAAUGCGGGACUCUGGAGCUACACCCAUCCAUGAUGGAAUGAGGACACCCAUGCGUGAUAGAGCUUGGAAUCCUUACACGCCUAUGAGUCCAUCUAGGGAUAGCUGGGAAGACGGAAAUCCGGGAUCUUGGGGAACAAGUCCUCAAUAUCAGCCGGGAAGUCCUCCUUCACGGGCAUAUGAAGCUCCAACUCCUGGCUCAGGAUGGGCUAGUACUCCUGGUGGUAGUUACUCGGAUGCAGGGACACCUAGGGACCAUGGUUCAGCUUAUGCUAAUGCCCCAAGCCCUUACCUACCAUCGACACCUGGACAACCGAUGACACCAAGCUCGGCUUCAUACUUACCUGGAACUCCUGGAGGACAACCAAUGACUCCAGGAACCGGCCUGGAUGUCAUGUCUCCUGUUAUAGGUGGGGAUGCUGAAGCGUGGUUCAUGCCCGAUAUUUUGGUUGACAUACACAAGGCUGGAGAGGACAGCGAUGUGGGCGUCAUCCGAGAUGUUUCGGAUGGAACGUGUAAAGUAUCUCUCGGGUCCAGUGGUGAAGGUGACACCAUAAUGGCCCUCCCAAGCGAACUGGAGAUAGUUCCUCCGAGGAAGAGUGACCGUGUCAAAAUAGUUGGUGGGCAAUUUCGUGGGUCUACUGGUAAGCUUAUCGGAAUCGACGGUUCAGACGGUAUCGUUAAGAUAGAUGAUAAUCUUGACGUCAAGAUUCUGGACCUGGCCAUAUUAGCCAAAUUUGUGCAACCGUGAUAGUGUUCUAAUGAGCGUUGAAUUUUAUCUUGUCAUCAGACCGUAUAUUGUAAUCUUAUAUUUUCUCUAUAGUUUAUAAAGAAACAUUGAACUAUUUCCAGUUA